UUACUCGAAGAUGAACUCCAUGCUGUAUACCCUCUACGGGUUCGCGAUAUUUUUCAUGAUAUUCUGGUCGGGCAUGUGGAUAGUUCACGUGUUGGCUUUGAUAGCCGGCCGCUGGAAGCUUCAUCGAAAGAUCGCCCAAAUGCCGAGCUACGAAACUCCCCUGCCUGGUGUUUCGAUCAUAAAGCCGUUAAUGGGAGUAGAUCCGAAUCUUUUCAGUAAUCUCGAGACUUUCUUCACGAUCGAAUAUCCUAGAUACGAAUUGCUCUUCUGCGUCGAGGACGAUUCCGAUCCUGCAUUGAUGCUAGUCGGGAAACUAAUUGAAAAAUAUCCGCAGAUAGAGACACGAGUAUUCGUCGGCGGUCGCAACGUCGGGGUCAACCCGAAAAUCAACAACAUGCAGCCGGCUUACGAGACGGCCAAAUACGAGUUGGUACUUAUAAGCGACAGCGGUAUAAGGAUGAAGGAGGACACUCUGUUGGAUAUGGUCAACUACAUGACCGAUAAGGUCGCGUUGGUACACCAGAUGCCGUUCACGUACGACCGUGACGGUUUCGCCGCGGCGUACGAAAAGAUAUUCUUCGGUACUGUACAAUCGAGGAUGUACCUGGCAGCCGAUCUUUUGAGAAUAAACUGUCAUACCGGUAUGUCGGCGUUACUUCGUAAAGCGACCUUGGACGAGGUCGGCGGCCUCAAGACCUUCGGUGUCUAUCUCGCUGAGGACUUCUUUUACGCGAAGUCAUUGACCGACCGCGGCUGGCGAAUAACCGUCUGCUCUCAGCCGGCCUUGCAAAACAGCGGGCACUGCGAGUUGCACUCCUUCCAGGCGAGGCUCAGGAGGUGGGCCAAGCUUCGUGUCGCCAUGUUACCCACCACGAUCGUCUUCGAACCUCUCAGCGAGUGCCUCGUACUCGGCGCCUGUGCCUCAUGGGCGGCCAGUGUUCUAUUCGACUGGGACUCUUUAGUUUUUUAUCUUGUACACAUACUAUUGUGGUUCAUGUUGGACUGGACGCUUUUGUGUGUAGUACAGAACGGGCCGUUGCCCUUCAACAAACUUAUGUUCGUCUGUGGAUGGCUUCUCAGUGAGAUUACGAGACCAUAUCUCUUCGUACAGGCCGUCCUGGAUCCUCUGAUACAGUGGCGUUCGCGCGUUUACAAGCUCAGAUGGGGCGGCGUCGCGGAGGAGGUCAAGACGAAAGUAAAAUAUUAGGAUAGCAAAUCGUUCUCUCUUCCCUUCGAUUUUUUUCUUUUCUUCCUAUUUUAUUCUUACUCCCCUUCCCUUUUCUUUAUCUCUCCCUCCCUCCCUCCCUCUCUCUUUCUUUCUCUCAUUCGCUCUUGCUCUCGUUCUCUUUAUCUCUGUCUCUGUUUCUCUCUCUCUCUCUCUCUCUCUCUCUCUCUCUCUCUUUCUCCUUUCUUUAAAUUUUCACUUUUUGUUUCCUAUUUCUUUUUUUUAAUAAUUUCUCUUCCUCAUCGCGUAAAAUCGGAGGGUAGUGAUACUCGAUAGCAUAUCGUGCAUCAUUCUGUACAUUUCGCGCUACAUAUCUACGAUAUUGCAGUAUGCAUGAAAUAUCUCUCUACGUACGAUGAGUUUUUUCUCUCUUCGAGUAUCGUUCCUUCUUCUUUUUUUUCUAUUUCUCUCUUUUUUCUUUUUUCUAUAUACUUUUAUUUGCUCGCAAAAUGGCACGAAUCGGGUCGCCGCGAGAUUACGCGAAUUUCCUUCUGAAUACGAUCAAUAAGAAGUUUUACUGCCGACUGAAAACGUUUGAUCGAUAAUCGAACGGAGUAAAAUCUGUGGAGAACUCGUUCGUCAGCGUACAUAUUAUAGGAAAGGAGAGAGAGCUGGGUGAUAAGUUAUUGAUCGCGAAGCGAUAUCGUGAUAUUAAUAAUAAUAAUAAUAAUAAUAAUAAUUGUAUAUUUAAUUUAAUUCGAGACACAAUAAAACGCACUGUCCUUCUCGCGACUCUGUUUAACAAUUUACGAUUCCAACGACACUGACGACUCUGAUCGCAUCGACGACUCUAAUAUAACUGGGUCCCUGGGGCAGUCUUGCUUAAAAGUUAGCACGAUUUACGUAUCAUAUUACCAGCAGUGCAAAGAAUGAAAUUCUAUUAUUCACCAUACACACAAAACCCGAUGUUUUAGAAUCAUAUGUUCACGUUUUUGACAUUCUGCAAUAUUGUAAAUAUUUUGUUUCAUUAUAAAUUUAUCGAGGCUGAGACUUCAUCGUCAUUUUUAUCGCUAUUUAACCAAUUACCGUCUGGGCCGUUAGUCAUUAACUGAUUAUGAAGUCCGACUUUAUAUACUUUAAUGAUCAAUUCUUUCAAUAUUAUUGUUAGAAUGUUUUUAAGUUCGAUCAUGAUAUUAUUGUUCGGCUUUUUUUUAUCGUAUCGAUAUUGUACAAGAACAUAAAUUCACGAUCGUCAUAAUUUCAUUUAAAUAUAUAUGCUUAGUAAUGAGGAAAUAUAUUUCACAGAUACAUAAAUUAUGUAUUUAUUAGGUUGAGAGAUUUUGUAAAUUGGACUCUUUGUUUUUCAUAUGCAUAAGCUCCUUCUUUAGUAUUAUCUGAACGAAGUGAUCUCAAAAAGUAGUUUUGUACAAUUUUAUAAAAAAAAAGAAAUAAUAAUAAUGAUAAUAAAAAGAAUAAAAGAAAAAGCGUUUCACUUGAAAAAACGUUUAAAUUCAAUUGUAUCGGGUAUAUCUCACGUUACAGUGGGAACCUGUUAAAAUGUUAAAAUAAAACAAAUAUAUAAAGGAAUGUUGAGAAAGAAUAUUAAUUGGAUAGUUUUAAAAAUAAAAAUUCGAAAUAGAUUAUGGUGAUUUAAAAAAUUGAUUACAUUCGUUAUCCUUGAAAGGACAAAUUUAUUCAUAAAAAAAGAUUAAAAGUUAUUUCUUUAUUUUUUUAAAUAAUCCGAUAACACAAUUCGUAGAUAACUUUGAUAAGACUUAUCAACUGAAAUGUGCUCAUAUUCAGUGUUGACUUCCCGGAUGAGAAAAAGUUUUAAUAAUAAGCAAAAUAAAUUAUUAAGGAAGAAGAAAAGCAUGCGUAAUGAGUCAAGUGUCGUGCGAUACACGUCUUAGCUCGUAAAUUAAAAAUUCUCGUUUAAAUGCUAUUCUCCUAUGUAAGAAAUGAAAAAACGUAUGACAUAGAUUUUGUUUUCUUCAAUUUCUUUGAUCGCACAUUUUGAAUCGAUGACAUAAUAUUAUAUUUAAGUUAGCAAUAUAAUAGAAUAUUCGUUGGUCAAUAUUAAAAAAAUUAAUAUAGAUCGACAUUCAUAGAUUAUAACGUACAUAUCAUUUGCUGCAAAUAUCUAAAUACGUAUAUAGAUACAUAAAUAACGAAGGAAAAUCGAUAGGUAAAAUAUACGAAAAGUAAAUGAUAAUAAAAUGCAAAGAAUAUCCCACGCGUGCUAUUCUUGCUUAUCGAUAUACGUACGUAUGCACACACACACACACACACAGGGAGAGAGAGAAGCAUGAUAUAAAUCAAUAAUUUGAGAAAAAUAUAGAAAAGCAAUACAUCGAGAUAAUUCUCGAAUGUAUCAUACCAUUUGAACGUCAAGAAGAUUUUUCAAAUAGGAGUAUGAAUUACAUAAUAUAUUUCAUUUUGUCGAUAAGGGAAAGAAAACAAAACAAAAAGAAAGAAAAAAUAUAUAUAUACAUAUAUCACUUUUUUGUUGUGAGCUACAAAGUGUAUCGUACAACUCUUAACACAUACAGAGUCGAGCGAAGGUGUGACUGAAAUGUAGCAUAGUACAUACAUACAUACAUACAUACAUACGUACAUACAUACAUACAUACAUACAUAUUAUACAUAUUUACAUAUGUGCACGUGCUUUUACGCGUGCGCAUAACGACUUGCGCGUUUUUGAGAAAAGAGAGGGUACAAUGAGAAUAGGAAAUACAUAUAGUCGGCAAGUAGAAGAUAACGAGCAGUGCAUUUUGUAUCGUGCUCCUUGAAACGCGAUGAUUAACAAGGACCAUUUUAGAUAAGACAAAUAUUACUAGAGAAAAAGAGAGAAAGAAUCAUGAAUAUCGAACGUUUCUUAUUGCAUGAACGAAUCGACGAUACGUUCGUUUUUCGAGAACCUCGAGCGCACUUAGAAAGAGAGAGAAGAGAGUUUGACGUAACAUUUCAACAGUGAGAACGCAAGCGUAAAACAAGUGGAUCGACCGAUCCAUGCGGCAAGUUGCAACGUUGAAAGUAAUAUAUCGAAUAGUAUUUUAAAAAAUAAUAAAAUAUCUCCGAUUUGUACAUUGGAUAAUAGUAUAUACGUUUCUAGUGUAAAUUCAAAGAUACAUACAUAUAUGUAUGUAUAUAUACAGGAGCGAAUCGUUUAACGUAAUUUAUUGUAAACCUUAGUUGUUGAUAAAUUCGGAAAAAUUUUCCUUAUAAAUAUGAUAUUUUUUCUUUGUAAAUUGUUAAAAUUGUAAAAAGAAAAGAAAAAUAUACACAUGUAUUAUAAAAGCGGUCAAGCGUUAUACGGUUCGCUUUCAAUACGGUAGAAUCUCGAUUAUUCGGAUGAAUCGAGAGAAAUGAGUUGGAUCAAUAAAUCGAUAUUAGUAUAUAUAUUUAUUCGAGAUUCGACAAGCGAAAUCAAUCUUGAGAGAGAGAGAGAGAGAGAGAGAGAGAGAGAGAUGGAGAGAAAAAAGAAAAAGAAGAUAUCAAUGAGAAUAAUGUAUUACAAAUUUUCUGUAUUUCGAGGUAAAAAAAAGUUUUUUUUUAUUAUAUGUCGGAAUAAUAAUAAGAUUCUACUGUAUAUAUAUGGUGUGUAUGUGUGUGUAUAUAUGUGUAUAUAUUAUAUAUACACACACACACACACACACAUGCACCCAUCUCGGAUAUUGUUAAGUAGACAAAUUUUCGAUUGCAAUAAAGGUGCCAUGAUUUCGAUUCUAAUUGAAUAUUCAUUGUUACGAAGGAUCGUAAAAAUAUCCAUUUCUGAACGCUACUCCCGUUUUAACUCUAUUUAUAAAAGGUUUAUUCAAAGCACGCGUAUGUGCAAAGAUGAAUUUGCUUGCGCGCGCUUCCUCGUAUAUAAAUAUAUAUAAAUAUAUAUAUAUAUAUACACACACACACCUAAUACGGAGACAUACAAUAUAUAUAUAUAUAUACGUUCAGACUUACGCUUAUGGGCUUCCGUCUUGUGCUUGCGUUCUUACGAGGAGAGAAAGGUUUCGUCGUGCUUUCGAAUCCAUUCGUCGACGAAUGCAUCGUUUCGACGAAUUGAGAGCAAGACUUCAAAAUCUUUUUUUCAUCUUUUUUCCUUUUUUUCUUUCCCUACUAAAACAGACUGCCUCGUCUUAAUAUGGAACCGCGUUGCCUACCAAGAAUACUAAAGAAUUCAUUUCGAAUUUCGCGUUAUUUUUUGCUCUCCUAUAUAUAUAUAUAAAAAAAAAGUAGAAAAAAAAACAAAGAAAGAGAAAAGACAUAAAAAAAAGUUGUUCACGUUAUCGUCUCGUUAAAUAUUUCAAUCGAAUUUCACGUUAUCACGAUAAUUUUAAACGAUAAAAGGCUUUCUUGUUUGAGAUAUGCUUCGUUAUUAUCGAUCCGACAUUACCUAACUUAAAAUGUCAUUACAACUUUCCUCCCUCCUUCCCCAUAGCCCUGCGUAGACAAAAUUUCAUUUGUUAUCUGGUUCCAUUUAAAAAUGAGACAUUCUAUUGUGUUUUCAUACAGAUCGAUGCGAUUUCGAUGAGAGAAAGAAAAAUUAAUCAAAAUUUGUAAUAGUAUAGAAAAGAAGAAUAGAAAUUAAUAAUGAAUCUUUGCGAUAUGAUCGUGCGAAGAGGAUUUCGAAAGAUCUAAGUAUGAUAUAAGAAAGUCGAACUGCAAUGUGUGUUAAAGAUAUUCAAGAUCAGCUGAUCUCUUGUGUACUGAACGACGAAAUCGAAACUCGAUUCUAAUCAUGAAGAAUCAAAUGGUUCGAAACGUUAUUUCUCGAACAUCAUGGUUGUUUUUUAAUCCAUAAAUAGAUGGAUGGAUAGAUACGUAGAUAGAUAGAUAGAUAGAUAGAUAGAUCGAUAGAUAGAUAGACAGAUUAGAUAGACAACGGUUCUUCUUAAACAUUGGUUCCCUAAAUCCGCAAGGGAAUACAGUGUAAUUAGUUCUAAUGCGAAUUAGUUCAUAGAUUAUACACACGCGCGCGCGCACACACAUACACACAGUCGACGUGCUUAUGAUGUUAAAAUGCAGUAAACAUCGUGCCGCGUUUACGAUCGAUCUUACAUUACAUAUCUAGGACAAAUUAAUUAGUUAAUCAAUUAAUCAAUCAAUUAAUUAAUUAUGCGAAAGUAGAGCGAAGACAAAAGGAUAGUGAUUUUUCUUGUCUUUUUUUAUUAUUAUUAUUAUAAAUUUUUUUUUCUUUUUCUCUCUCUUGCCACAACCUCUUUGUAAAUACAUAUAUUUAACGCCAAUUUAUACGUUUUGCUGUGACUGUCGCUUUUGGAUUCGUUCGUUGAAAAGGAACGUGCCUAAGCAAUCUGUGACUAAGCAAACGCUAUAUGGUGAAGCCUCGAUUAUGCGAACUAAUUGGGUAAUAUUGCACUCUACUUUCUCGCGUUCGAACUGACUUUUAACUCGAUACGAGCAAAGAAUACGCAGAAUCAUUGAAUUUUUAAUUUCUGCAUUCGUUUAACGAACACUUUUGUGUUUUCUAUUUCUUUUCUUUUUUUGUGUAAAAAAAUACUUCAUCGAAAAAAAAAUGAAAAAAAUAAUAAACAACAACAAACGGAUGAACGAAUACAAAUACAAAGAAAAGUAAGAAUCGUUGUAAUUAUUUUCUUGCGAUGUCAUGUACUGUGAGAAUCAUGCAUUUACGACCUAUUAUUAUUUUACGGUCAUAUAAACCGUACAAUUUUGAUUAUUUUAUGUUAUUUUUAUAAACCUUACGUUAUGUUUUCCUUUUGUUUUCUAACGUGCAUUAUAAAUGCACAUAUACGUGCAUACGAGAAAAAAUUUUGGAAAGGCGAGCAAAGAGAAAGAAAAAAAGAAAGAUGAGAAAAAAAAUAAAGCAUAAAGACAUAUAAAUCUCUUUCGCAAAAGAAUUUUUUCCACUGCCGGCUGACACUGUCCACACGAUCGAUUAGUUGAAGUUCAUACAGAUAGUCGGGGUUUCACUGUUCUCUAACUUCUUUGGCCGAAUGCAUCUACUAUUUUAUUUAUAUCGAUGACAAGCGCAUUUUUAAACACUUGCAUCGUUGUUUAUAAAUAAAGAAAAAGAAAAGAAACGAAAAAAAAAGAAGCUAAAAAAUACACCGACUCGCGAUAAAUUUACAAAUACUCGUAAAAACAGGAUCCUUCGAUUACGUUCCAUAAUGGCCAAAUGCAUCGUGUAAAAUUAAAUGUAUUUUUCACGCUAUCAUAUUAUAUUUAAAUUCGCACUUGGUAAUUAACGAGUAUCCUUCAAUAGAAACUAUUUUGUUUCCCUUUAAGAGAAAUUUUUUUUUAUCGGCUUCUCUUAUUUUCUUUAAUUAGUCUUCCGGUUGAAAGUAGUUCAAAGAGUCUUACAUUUUUUCUUUCUUUCUUUCUUUCUUUUUUUUUUGUUAAUGAAUAUACCGAUUCGAUGCAUCGUUUACUUCGUAAUUCUCAACCGUAGCUUUGAAACUAUACCUACUUUCUCUUUAAUACGUCAAUUCUCGAAGAUUUAUCAACCAUUUCUUGUACAUUCUUAUUCACAUUUGCUAUCACUAAUUAUUAUAGAGUUUGUGACACUUGGUAUCAUCGCUUUUGAGCAAUUACAGUAUUAAUAAAAAAAAACAGUAAAUUUAAAUCGAAUGGAACGUCUUCGAAGUCACGAACAAGUGUAGCUAUUUAUAUACACACAUGCACACAUACACAUAUACACAUAUGUGAUAUAGAGUUCUAUAUAAAUUCUAUAUAAUUUCACGAUUGCAUUCAUUUUUACAAAUUUACAUCGAUUCCGUACGCCAAUAUUCGUAUACUCUCGAGAACAAUGGAAGUGAGAACGUUAAGAGCAAUGAUAUGACCUCUAACGUAUGUUUUGUAUAUAUUUACCUCAUGAAUCCAUCGUGUAAAAUAAAAUUCAUGGAAAAAUCAUUCGCCAUCUCUGAAUAAAUCUAUAGAGUGUUGAAUAAUAAUGAUUAAUACAUUGUUGUCUAUCGUUUAUUUACUUAAUAUGCCGAUCGCACCUCUUUGCUCUUCAUACUCGACGAAUCCUACGAACCAUCUUUGUUCAAUCGAUUUAAUCGAACCUUAAAAGGUUUAUUUGCGCAUUUAUCUUAUAAUAUAUUGUCUUAUGCACUUUUACGUUAGCGUUACGCUUCUUUGUUCGCGAAGAAGCAUGACACGUGACCUUCAUUCUUAGACAUCACCUAUCAUGCAAAAAAAUUUGUCGUAAAGCCUUAUUGACGUUUCGAUUAAAGUAUAUAAGUCCAAAGGUUAAGGUAAAACAUAAACCAUUUAGUGUCGUAUUUCUACCUAGCGUAGCGCACUUAAUUAUUCAAGUUACAGUUAAUGAGUUACCAAGAACAGGAUGUCUUCUUCUUUGCUUAUAUAUAUAAAAAAAAAAAAAAAAAAAAAAUCACUUCUUUAUACGGACGACUAUGUUUCUCAUAGUUUUUAAUAAUCCCGUUGCUACUUCUCUACUUUCAAGACUCGUUUAAAAAUUCUCUCUCUUUCUUUCCCUCCCCCCCCUCUCUCUUUUUCUUUCUCGUUCUCUCGUUUCUCUUUUCACGAAACUUUCAAUAAAACUCUGAAACCUAUUAUUCUCUCUAUACAGUUUUUCUUUUAUCAAGAAAUUUGCUCUUAGGAAAUAAAUCUUUUUCUCUUAAAAUUUUCUUCUAAAAGAUUUCACAAAUAUAUCUCCCGUUUAUUCUUUUCGUUCGCGUAGACAUUAUAUGAAAGAUCAAUAACAGAAAGAAAACGAAAGAAAAAGAAAUCAUGCGAAUCGUAUAAUAAGUAAGAACGUACCUUCGAAAGUUUGUAUUUGGAUUACGUUCGGUCAUAAGUACACACGUGUGAUUAUACGAUCUGUGAUUAUAGUGGUGUACGACGCAAUAAUAUUUUCGGUAUUUAACGUUUUCAAAAAGCACGCACGUAUUGAGUUAGGUACAUUACAUACAUACAUAUAUACGCACGUACGUACAUGUGAUUGUACGAUCUGUGAUUAAUGGUAUACAACACAAUAAUAUUUUGCUUUUAACAUUUUUUUAAAACUCUCGUAUUUGGAUUAGGUUCAGCCAUACGCGUGUAAUUGUACGAUCUGUGAUCAAUAGUAUACAAUGUAAUAAUAAUAUUUGCUGCUCAACCACAAUGAUCCCAUCUAAAAUGGCAUCUCAACGAAGGUCACCGUCGUCUCUCUCUCUCUCUCUCUCUCUCUCUCUCUCUCUCUCUUUCUCUCUCUCUUUCUUUCUCUUUCUCUCUCGUUGAGUCUUGUUAAACGAAACUGUUGUGCGUAUUACAUCGUUAUGUAUCUACUUGCGCGUGCGAGCAAUUGUUUAAAAACGACCUGCCUAUGGACAAGCGGCGUCCUUAAUUGGUCGUUCAAAGCUUGACUCAUAUACGUUUAAACAAGAAGAGGUUAUCGAAUCAAGUUUGGUUCUUCUUCGAACAAACAGCUGAUAAGGGGAAGGGUAGUAAUGGGGGAACUUCUGACGAACGAUUCACCGACCUCGCGUAACAUUUAUCGUUCUUUCUUCUUAGAGCGUUCUCCUCUAUUUAUUUACUUGUACAUUCAACGGAAACUUUAUCGGGACGUACAUAUACCGAAUGGGAAUAAGGACAGGAUACGUGACUUCUAGUUGUCCUUGUGUCGUCAGACGUAUAUAUCUCUAAUGUAUGUACAUACAUAUAUUACGGUCUAUAAGUCACCAGGACAUUCUCAGUUCUUCAUGAAACGUGAUGGCAUACGAGUCUCUCUUACGUAAGAUAUAUAUUGGUCACGAAUUUAUUCAAAGGUAUUUCGUAGAUUUUAUUAAGAAACUUUAUUGGGUCUUUAUUUGGUCUAAUGAUUUUAAUUAUAACAUUGGAAGCAACAAUCGCUUAUCGAAUUGCAACAAGAUUAUAUUGAUUAGAAAAGAUAUAUAUAUAUAUAUAUAUAAAAUAUAUAUAUAUACAUGUAUUAUGAAAAUGUAACGAUGUAAAUUAUUAGGAAUUAAUGAUGAAUAGAGACUUAUAAUUGUUAUUAAAUCAAAUAUACUGAAAUGUUCGGUGAUUUAUUUAUUUAUGUAUAUACAUAUAUAUAUUAUUCGUCAUAUAAAAAUUAUGUUGUUUGUUCAAUAGUUUAUUCAAUUGAACAUUCUUAAUAAUAGCUAUAACAUAUAUCGACGAGAAUUACUUUAAAUCCACGAGAAAUAACAUGACUAGAGAUCAUUCAAUGACAUUGCGCAUGUAGUAGUAGAUUUAAAUGUAUGUAGAUUGUACGUAAUAGUAAUGAUUGCACUUGUCCCGUGAAAAAGACAUAGACAUAGCUUUUUAUUACUUUGUACUUGGUGUCGUCAUCUGAAACGUAGGCCCAAAUUGUUCUUACGAAACAAGUGAUCGUGGUAAUCGCGGUAAUUCUAACAGGUCAGCCUAUAGAGCAGAGGUCUCCAACCUUAGUAGAAUAAUGGAAAUUAUUGUCACUUAUUAAAAAGAAAAAAAAAAAAAAGUAAAUAUAUUUUCUUAUAAUUAACAACCAAUCUAAUUUAUUAUUUGUAUUAUUAUAAAAAAAAGAGAUGAAAAAGUUAACAAAUUCUAUAAAAUAUUCAUACUAACGAAGUUUUACUUGAGAAGUUUCACGUGAAGAAGUUUUACGUGAGAAUAUUUUUCAUCGGAUGAAACUGAAUGAAAGAAAAUGAAAUAAAUUCCAAAGUUUCUAAAUCGUUGACAUAAAACAAUAUUUUAAGUUUGAAUCUGUAAGAGCGAACUUAGAAAAAUUUUAUUUAAAAAAAUGUUAAUGUAACAAACAUAUUAAUCGUGAUAGAAAAAAAAAUAAGAUGGUGUUUAGAAGCAAACGUAUCGAUUAGCUUCAUGGUGCUUACAAACAUAGAACUGGGGACCCCUGUUCUAUAGAGUUUAUUCAUAUAUUUAUCGCGUUAAGUGGCGAAGAUUGAAUCGGUGUAUCCCUCGAAAAUGCAGAGUGGAUAUUUCCGGACAUUAUUCUACUUUAUCCAAAGCCAACGAUUUAAAUAUAUCUCAUUAUCGAAAUACGAGAACUUUGAAUUAAUUGAAUUUCUUUAAAAAUCCAAAUUAAAAUUAAUAUCAAUUCGAUCGCAUUGAUUCCCAACGUAAAAUACAAAAUUUCUAGGUAAAAAUAAAUAUAUGAAAGUUAUUAAAAGGGAUGUUGAAUCGUCGGUAUUCGGUGAAUAACAGUCACACGAUGUAUAUGCCAGGGUCAGCAUACGUUGGUCUAAAAAUAUUCAAGACGAAUUCACCUCACUUUAUGAGAAGAAUACGGCUAUUGUUUCUAGUUCCUGAUGAACUCAUUGUUAGUCGGGCUACUGUGUAACACCACAUACAGAGAGCAUAGUGCUUAAUGUCAAGCACCGAACUACAGAACUACGAAAGACUACCGCGAUUUCUUCUUUAUUUUUCUCUACCCUUAAGCUACGAUAUAUUUCUACGCGCACAUUUUAUAGUUAUUACUCGGUAUAAAAAAUUUUUCGUAACAACGUAAGAUGUAGGUAUGUAUUUAUUGUGAAAGAGGGAAAGAAGUCAGAUGAAAUAUAAGGGAAUAUCAAAUUGAUUAUUUCUUACGUGCCAACUGAUGCAAUAUAUAUACAUAUAGUUAUUUGCUAUUAUUUAAUAAUUAUCAAUUAAUUCAAUAAUAUAUAUAAAAUCGAUCCAACCGAACGAUUUUAUAAGAUUGGAAAAUUUCAAUCGUAAAAACGACAGAAGAAAAGAUUUUCAGUAUUAUAAGCGUAGGAAACGAGUUAUAGGCUUCGAUGAAUACUUUUAAAUUGAUCGUAGUCAAUCAUAGUUGAAUCCAUAUCCGUAGGCGUUAAGUUCGUAGAGAUUUCUAUGGCCUUGCUCGAGUUUCAUUCGAAUAGUAGUAAUACACAAUUCUUUAUAUAUAGAUUUGAUUACAAAUUUAUUAUAUUAUCAUAAGAUCAGUUUUUUAAAAUACGAUCGUUUCGCUCUUCCUCGAUCGUUUGUUGUUAAUUUAUAAAAUACAAAAAUGUGUAAAAUUAUAAAUUAAUUGGCAAUUGAUCAAAAAUACAAGAUAUUGCUAUGAUCUGUGUGUGUCUGUGCGAUGUGUGUGUGUGUGUAUAUAUAUAUGUGUAUAUGUAUGUAUGAUUGUAUAUAGGAACAUCGACAAUGUCAUAACUAUUAUUUUCUACCAUUGACGAUCGUAGUAUCAAUCAUUGAUAAAUAUAUAGACGUUUAUAUGUAAUCGGAGAUAAGAAUGAGAACGACUAAUUUAUCGCUGAAAUAAUUAAUGUGAUUCGAUAUAACUUUAACAAUCGUAGUUACAAUCGGAAUGAUUCAUAAAGAACAAAAGUUGGUACUUUUGAUAUCAGACUAUUGACAUAUAUCAAUGUCAUGGAAUGAGAUUCAUUGAAAUUAUUAGGAUAUAAUUAGUCGUAGAAUGAAGCAAUAAUAGUUCUCAAAUCAUAUCGUUAAAUCGUUCCUUUACAUACACACGUAUGCACGCACACAUAAGACUCUUCGUAAAUUCAUAAAUUAUUUUUUAAUUAUCAUUUCUGAAAACGACAUAAGUACACGUAUUCGAUUAUUGCCUUAGGACAAACUAGAAAAGACAAUAUUACUUUAGCAAUGGAAAGAGAAUAUCGCGUGCACGUUACUUCCUAAAAGCAUUUCUAAGUCCUAGUUAUCGAUCGUCAGAAGCGGCACUCCCGAAUGUAUUUAUCUGUGUGGGUCACACUUUGUAUACAUAGAUAUAUCUCUCUUUUGCCUCUUUUAUCUGUCCUACAUUUAUCCAUCUCUAUAUAAAAGAAGAUACUCGUUACGCGCACGAGAGAGACUUACGCACGCAGGAUAUAGGUAUAGUCAAUUACCGAAGAGGAAAUCCAAGUAUUUUUAUCCCGAAAUACAUUUAUAUAUAUAUAUAUAUAUAUAUAUAUAUAUAUAUAUAUAUAUAUAUAUAUAUAUAUAUAUAUAUAUAUAAAUGUGUCAUAUCUUAUUUUGAACAUAUAUAUGCAGAUGUAACACGAGUGCCAUUUUUUGUAUGUGUACGUACCUACGUGUGUACGUUUAUGUAAGUGCUUUCUUGGUAUAUACUAUCGCAUAUAUAUGUAUUUACUUAUCUACUAUCUAUCUAUAUAUAUAUUCAUUCAUUCAUAAAAUUAAUCUUAAACGUAUUAUAUUUAUUAUCUCUUUGACAUUUAUAUUUACAUCAUCGUUUCAAUGCAUCUAUUUCAUCUUAAUAACGAAGACAUCUGUGAUCUCGGUUGUAAUUUCAGUAAUAAGUUCAAUUACGGGCGACGUAUCCUAGUACGUUGCAAAAUAUAAACUUGUGAAUAAAAUUAUUAUACGUGUGUAUGUACAUAUUUUUCCUCGAUAAGGAAAAAAUUUAAAGGCGUGUUUUUUAUUCUUUUUAUUUAUUUUUUUUUAUGGUAAUAUGUCCAAUUUAUAAUAAUUACAUUUGGUAUAUAUAUAUAUAAUAAUUUAAAUAUUAUCAAGUAAAUACUUUAUUUUAUAUACGUAAAUCUUUUUAUUAGUAAGAGAAUUUUCAUUCCAAGAGAAUGCUAACCAAACAUCAAAAUUUUUUUUUAAUUUCUGUUAUUGCUAUCAACCAGAGAUCCAGAAUAAGUUUACUUAGAUUGCCUGAUAAUUUAGCCAUAUAUUUAUCGUCAAUUAAUCGAUCUACACCAUAGAUAUGAAAUCUCAUUUUGUGUUACAGAAUUGGAUAAAUAAUGAUUUAAAGCAUCAAUUAAUCUUGUCAAGGAAGCAAUAUAUGGCCUAUAGAAAGAUUGAUCAAUGAAAUCUUUUGGGAGUGAUUUUAAAUAAUAAAUUUAAUUUUGCGGUCACAUUUAUUAAGAUUUGCGCAUUAAAUUUAAAAUGGAGUAAGUUCUUAGCAUAUCAAUAAGUCAGCAGUUAUGGGAAACUCCUCAAACAUUAUUAAUUUGUAUAACUUGACCUUUCCAAAGUUAUAUAUCUUGAUAAAUGACAAUGAUCCUUCUGAGAAUACCUGCAUCGAACUGUUGAUGUAACUUGAGCGUGGGAAAGAUGUGAUCUAAAUUAAAAUUGAUCCUGUAGUUUGAUUAUAAUUCUUUGUUGCAACCCUACUAUAGUAUUUUGAAACACUCAUUAAUGACUAUAUUGCAUAUCUUAUUGUUAUACUAUUUAUCAUAAAUAUACUAAAAUUCUUGAUAAUUUUAUGUAAUAGGACCGAUACUCGAAGUUAAUUCAAAAAUCUACGUACGCUAUCUUUCAUCGUAAAAAGUAAUAUCUCUAUACUUUGAAUUUUCUUUUUUAAAUCAAAGUUUUGUGUAACAUUCGUACAUGUUAUUAAUUAAUUUCUUUGUGAUUGAUGAAAAAAUUGGGAAAGAAAAUUCGUAUCGAGUAUAAUUGAUAAGAAUUAUUUAUAGACAAAGAAUCUAAAGACAAUCUCGUGGCAACAACAGGUGUAAAACGUGAAGAAAUAAAAAGAUAUAUAAACGGAGAGUGAGGCCAGUCUACGAACGGAAAAUAGCAAAAAAUUUCUAGAUUUGAUCGAUUCUUUUAGAAAUCUAAAUGGAAGAUGUAACGAGAGAGAAAAUUCUCUGUAACGACGAACAAAAUCUUUCUCUAUAUAUAUACAAAAAAUUUAAAUACAUGCAUUUGAUUCAAGGUGAAAUUAAAACUUAGUUAUAAUUACGAUUGGAGAACAUAAAUGACCCUUAUCAAAAUGAGAUUUGUUUUUUUCAUAACAGAUGACUGAAAGGAAAAAAGUUAUUGUAGUUUUGUUUGUUUGUCUUUUUAUUCAUGUAUUUUUUUUCUCCUUAAAACACUUAUGAUACGUGUAUCUGUUAAAUCGAAAUAUAUUGCGAGAAAAGAUCUAUCGUUAUCUCGCAAUCCAAGAACAAAUAUGGCUGUAUCAACUAUAUAUGUCUUACACAGAAAGAUAUAAGAUUUCCUUUUCAAUGUAAAUUUGUGAAAUCGUAUCGCAAUGAUAAAAGUGAUAAAGAUAAAAAAGUUUGUCUAUUCGACAAAGAUAAUAUCAACUCGAGUCGAGAUAAUCUUUCGAACAAAGUGAUUUCUUCUUAUACAAUAUGUGUUAUAUAUAUAUAUAUAUAUAUAUAUAUAUAUAUAUAUAUAUAUAUAUAUAUACAUGUGAUGUUACAAAAGACUGGCUUGGUCAAAGACGAUAGAUAAAGCGACGAACGAAUAAACGGAAAAUAAAAAUUUCUUUAACGGGAAUCGUUUUCUAAAAAUAAAAAAAAACAUAUAAUGAUAAAAAGAAAAAAGCGAACCGAUUCAAACGUGUCUUUUUUAUCAUUCCAUUCUUUUUUUCUUUUCUUUCGACACUUCGAAUAUAUUUUUUUUCUUAAAAUACCCCGAAGGAAAAUCUUCGUUUAAUUUUGUCAACGCUCUAUUUUCACUUUUCUCUACAUCAAUCGCAUACUUUGAAUCUUAAAUAUCAUUUUCUAUACUUCAUCUAACUUAUUAAUAUAACUAUGAUCGUGUGUCCGUCUUCUUUCUUCUUCCCUUUUUAAUUUAUAUUUUAUAAUAUCUAUUUGUUACGUCGAACGAUCGAACCGAUAUACAUAUGUGCCACUGUUGUAUUGGAAGAUGAUUAAUGUAAAAAAAAAAAAAAAGAAAAAGUACAUAAGAUAAAAAGAAAUUGAAAAAAAAAAGAAAACAAAUAUAUACAGGUACGAUCCUUCGAUUUAUCGACGAAACGAUCUCUUUACUCCUACACAGGCACUUACAUUUACAAGUAGUCAUGCGCUCGUAUUAGGAUCCAUUAUUAAUGUCGUUCAAUGUGAAACGAGAAGACCGAAAUAAAUAUUUGUAAAUGCAUGUUUCGCGUUAUCAUGAAAUCAUUUAAUCAACUAUUUUACGUCUUAUUUAACACAAGUAAUAAUAUUAUUAUUUCGUUUUGAAUGAAUAAGACUUUUAUUGAAAUGUAGGCAAUAAACGCAACGUAUGCGGUAGGGUGUCAUAAAAAGAGAAAGAAAGAAAGUGAGAGAGAGGUAGAGUGGAUGAAUGAAAAAUUCUGAGAAUGAGAUAAGAGGGAGAGAAAGAAAUAAAACAUAAAGAAAAGUCAUAUCGAUACUGCGUUAUAGGCAUAUCAAAGAUAAAGCAAAAUGAUUCUUUGGCAUCUUUAGAAACACAACAAAUUUUCAUAGCUUAUCUGUAAAUAUAUACAUUAUCUAAUCAACUCGACCUUGAGUAACGCAAAUUGUACAUAAAAUAUAUACCGAAUGAUCAUGCUAGUCGCAUCGUUCCUUUUAAUAUUAAUUUUAUUUGUGACGUAUUAUACAUAUAGAUUUGUAUGUAAGACGAGAGAGACAGAGAAAGAGAGAGAGAGAGAGAGAUUGAAAUUGAAGGAAAAAUUUAGAAACGUGCGAAUCAUUCCAAUCUCGUGAUUCAUCGUAUGCGUGUAUGUAUGUAACGUGUAUUUUAUGUCCGCACGUAACGUAACAUAUCUAUCUAUUAAUUACGCGCUACAAAAUAAUGCGAUCGACCACAUAUAUAAUAUCGCGAAUGGGCGUAAGGGAGAAGAGAGAAGAAACAAGAUAAAAAAAUAUGAUGAUUAAAAUAUGAGGAAGAGAACAGCAGGAUUGUUGGCGAUCUAUUUUUAUAUAAUGCAAUAUUGAGAACGCGUGAUUUCUGUAAAUUUUCUAUUUGUGCUUUAUCAGCUCGUAAAAUUUCGCAAUUACUAGAGAAUUUAUCGAGGAGACUAAUUGUUUGUCUCAUGCGAAACGAUUAAUGUCUACGAAAAAUGAAAUGGAAGUUAACAGUGAUGUGAUGUGUUGUGUUGUGUUGUGUUGUAUUGUGUUGUGUUGCAUUGUAUUGUAUUGUAUUGUAUUGUAUUGUAUUGUAUUGUAUUGUAUAUUAUAUUAUAUUGUAUUGUGUUGUAUUGUAUGAAGCAUAAUGAUAUAAUUGUACGGCAUUGGCGCUUCGAUCUCUGCGUUUUCUUUCUCGCAUAUUUUGAUAAUCAGUCGUACACGAAAGUAUUAUCUCAGAAAGACAACAUAAAUUAGCUAUAAUGAAAGCUUUACGUAAAUAGCAAUUUUAAAAAUAUAAAGAAGGACCACAAAUUGUUGGUCACGCGUUAACUACGCGCGUCUGACGUUAAUAAGCGAAUGAAAUAGCAUGUUAGUUCCAAAGUUGUCAGUAUGUAGUUGGGUCAACAAGGUCUUGGAUGAUGUAUGAGGAUUAAUAAAUAUUGUUUAUAUAAUACAUAUAUAUAUAUUAUAUAUAUAUGUUAUAUUAUAUAUAUAGUAUAUAUAUAUAUAUAUACAUUACACAUACAUACACACACAUAUAUAUGUCAUAUUAUACAUAUACAUAUUCACAUGUUCCUUAAUUCUUCUCUAAUUCUAAUUGUAAGUUAAGUUAUUACGCGUCUCGCUAUCUUAAGGAAGAAGCUGUGAUCGUUAAAAGACACGAAAAAAAAGAAGAAAAAGAAAAAAGAAGAAAAUAACAAAUGAAAUAAGUACGUUUCUAAUAUUUAUUUAAUAUACUACGAAAACUCUCCUCUCAAUGUCGCCUAUUAUUUUUAGUCGUUGACAUUCUUAUGUCGACAUUCAUAUGUAAACAAUCGAUCUGCAUGAACUACGGCGUGUUCAUUCGGACAAGUUUAUUCGUCGGUGUGAGAUAUUGCCUCGUCGAAUUUCGCUAAAAAAAAAGGUUAUUAAUAAAAAGCAGAAUAAACAAAACAUUCCAAGUUA